AUGGAGGCGCUUUCAGAGAGAGGAGAGCACAGGAAGGGAGGGCAAGCCUCGGGAGGGAAAGACAAAGAUACUACGUUUCGUUUUGGAGAUGCUGAGUUUGAAGUGCCUAUGAGACAGAAGACGUAUUCCCGGCCCCGGCUGGCGAGGACCGGGCGAAAGUUGCGAUUUCUCUCAGCUGAGGGCAAAGUUAGCGACUCCGCAGCUGCAAAGUCUCAGCUAGGGGGAGGGGGCGAUAGCCCGGGCCGGGGGAGAGCGGCAGGAGGAGGGACUAGAGGGAGAGACACUGCCCCCUACUUCAGCAAGGUCGUCGUCCAAGCCGGUGCAGCCGCCGGUUUAGGUUUUGGGAGGGAGGAGCGGCAGCCGCGGCUCGGCGCCAGGAUCUGUACCUGGCAGGCCGGCCGCCCGGGGCGCGGAGGGUGUGAGCGCGCGCGCCCCCUUCGUGCCCGCUCAGCCUCGCGCGCGUCUCGGGGGAGGCUCCGCCACCAGGCGCCUGGGGAACCCGCAGCCUCAGUCCUGCCGCCGGCGGAGCUUUGUGCGGCGGCGGCGGCGGCGGCGGCGGCGGCUCCGAGUCCCACCUGCUGGCGGCGGAGAGACAAGGAAGGGGAAGAAGGAGGAGGAGGAGGGGACAGAGGCGGCGGCGCGAGCCCACUCCAGCCGUCCGCGCCCACCUCCCGGGGGCUCCGCAGCCCCUGCUCUAGGCCUGUACGCGCCCCCCGCCCCCGGCCCGGCCAGGCCUCCCGGCCACACGGCCGCCGCCGCGGCUGCAGCCCCUUCUGCCCGGCCCGGCCAGCCCGGCCCGGCCGCAGCCACCCGGAGCCGCCGGCGAGUUUGAGGCGAGCGCGGGGCGCGCGGCGCCGCCUCGAUGCGCCCGGGAGACGCCUCGGCGCCCCAGCCCAGCUGAACAGCCCCGAGAGCGCCGCGGCCGGCUCGGGAGGGCGAGCGGGGAGGCGCGGCCAGCCCCGGGAGACGGAGAACCAGCGGGCGAGGAGGAGCGAGCCCGAGAGCGAGCGCAGGGAGCAGACACCAUGCCGGGCUGGAAGAAGAAUAUCCCCAUCUGCUUGCAGGCGGAAGAGCAGGAGAGAGAUGAGAGUCCCUACACUAAAUCCGCCAGCCAGACAAAACCGCCUGAUGGAGCAUUGGCUGUGA